AACCAUGAUGGCAAUGUGUUCCAAUAAGGCCUAUCUGAAAAGAAGGACCUUUGAUAAUUAAUGUAAAUUUUUUAUCCAUUACUAAAGAUGAUGUCGAUACCAAUAUCUUCCAAGUUAAGUUUGACUGCUUGAAAGAAAAUGUUGUUAAAAUACAUCAAGGAGAUCCUAUUCUAUGUUAACAAUGCGAAACUGUUCUCAAUAAAUACUCAAAAAUCGAAGAUGACGUUUAAAAUCAAUAAUUUGGAAAGCAUCUUUGGAUAUGUGAGUUUUGCAAUCAUAAGAAUUACAUUUAAAUUGAAAAGGAAGAAAUACCUAAAAAUGAAGACACUGUUUACCUGAUUUAAUCAUCCUAAGAAUAAUAAAUUCAAAUAGAAGAUGCUGAUAACUCUAUAGUAUUUUGUAUUGAUACCAGUGGUUCAAUGUCUAGUACUGUUGAAAUAAAGGGGAAGGUCAAUUUUAAACAUGGAGUAUCUGCUGAAGAGUAUGAAAUGCUUAAAUAAUUCAUUGAACCGGGAGACGAACAUUAGAUAUGGCCAUAAUUUAAUACCAAGCAUGUGACUCAUGUUUCUAGAAAAUAAUGUGUUAUGGCAGCUAUUGAAUAACAAAUAGGAGAAUUAAAGUAGAAGAAUCCCAAUAAAAUAGUUGGAUUAGUCACAUUUAAUAAUGAAGUUGUUGUAUAUGGGGAUGGUUCUGAAGUUCCAAUUACUAUUGCUGGAGAUAGACUCUUUAAGUAAGAUGAAAUAGAGGCUCUCUUAGAUGGAACUGCAAACUAACUCAUGAAAUCUCCAGUUAAAGUUCAAGCUGAUAGUCUCUUGAAGAAAUUUGAGAAACUCUAAGAAAAAGGAUAGACUGCUUUAGGUCCUGCUUUGGUUUCAGCUUUGCAAUUAGCUAAAAUAGGCAAACCUGGAUCCAUGAUUAUUAUAUGCACAGACGGAUUAGCCAAUUUGGGAUUGGGAUCUUUGGAAAAUGAUGCUAAUAAGUAAUUUUAUGAAGAUUUGGGUGACUUUGCUACAUAAUGUGGAGUAGUGAUUUCAGUUGUAACCAUAAAAGGAGAAGGAUGCAAAGUUGACAUCUUGGGAGCUUUGUCUGAAAAAACUAAUGGAACCAUUACUAGAGUUAAGCCUGAAGAUAUUGAAAAGGAUUUUGCCAAUAUUUUAAAAGAUGAACUAGUAGGAACUUAAGUUCAGUUGUUUGUAAGCUUGCAUCGUGCUUUGAAGUUUAGAGGAGAAGAUGAUCCCAAUCUGAAUCAUAAACUUAAAAGAGACAUUGGUAACGCUACUAUUGCUACUACUUAAACAUUUGAAUAUUAAUUAAAAAAUGAUUUGGAGUUACAAAAAGAAUAGAUUGAUAUCAAGGAAUUAAAAACUGUUCCAUUUUAACUUAAAGUUACUUACACAAAUUUACAUGGUGAUAAACUUAUGAGAGUAGUUACUAAGCAGGUCUCAACUACAGAAAAUGCGAAGGAAGCAGAAGAAGAGGCUGAAGUAGAUGUAAUUCAUAAACGAAUGACAUAAAAGACAGCAUAGAUAGCUAAGCAGGGAAAUUAUUAACAAGCAUAGUCUUAUAAUUAAUAAUGGGAUGGUUACAUCCAAACAAAUGCUAACAUUAAUAAAAAUUUGGCUAACCAAGAGAAAAAUAGGAGUUUUCAAACACACAAUUUUAAAUUAUAAACAACAAUGUGUAGAUAAGAACUUAGAGAUGUUAAAAGGGAAAAAUUAUCAUCUCACUCUAACCUACCUUAAUAAUAAUAAUAAUAAUAAUAAUAAUAAUAACAACCUAGUUUUUUUGAUAAGGUAGCAUCUUUAUUUAAAGGAGAUGACGAAAAAUAAUAACCACCUAAAUAGCAACCUUAAAUGGAUGAAGAAGCUCCUAUGAAAAUUUCUGAUAGUCCAAAAAUCCAAAAGAUAAAUUUUUGUGCCGUCAAUAAAUAAAAUAGUGAAAUAAAAGAGGAUAUAAAUUUAUAAGAGGAAGACGAAGAUGAAGAUAUGGCAGAUCUAUUUUAAUAUUAAUAAGGAAAGUUUUGA